AUGGAGACUGUGAUAGACAUCAGCGGAUGUGCUAAGGAAGACAUAGUGAAGUUUGUGUCUCAAUCUUUCAAGGGCGAUGCCCUCACUUGGUGGAAGGCAUUAGUGCAAGCCACUGGAAAGGUCCCUUUGUAUAACCUUUCAUGGAGAAAGUUUGUUGAUUUGGUGAAGGACACUUAUUGUCCUCAACAUGAAGUCGAGAGGAUAGAGACUGACUUCCUCACCUUGGUAAUGAAGGAUCUGGAUUAUGUUGUGAGGAGUAGGGUGAAGAAAGUUACCGAUGAUGGGAAGAGGAAGAGGGAGGAAGACAAGUCUCCACAAUCAAACAAGAAGGGAAAAGGGAACUUUGGUUCCAAGAAGGGCCAGUCAAAUGACAAGCCCAGAUGCAAAACCUGCAAUAAAAGACACUUUGGAAAGUGCAACCAAGACCUACAAGCUAAACCAUGUGGGAUUUGUAAAAAGAAAGGGCAUAAGUCUGUAGAUUGCCGGAAUAUCAAGGAUGCAACCUGCUAUGGUUGCAAUGAAAAGGGCCACAUCAAGACCAAUUACCCCAAGAAUGCUAAGACGCCCGAGGAGGCAAAGAAAAACAAUGCGAGAGUUUUUCAGAUGAACGCGAGAGAAGCGGUGAACGACGAGAACGUUAUAACAGAUAUAAAAUAUGAGGUAGAGCUUGCUAAUGGUGCCUUAGAAACAGCUUCCACUCUUCUUGAUGGAUGUUUUAUAUCCAUUAAGAAUCAUUUUAUCCCGCUAUCCCUCUUGCCAAUGAAAUUGGCUGGGUUUGAUAUAGCUUUAGUCACUAUUCAGGGAGAUACACAAUAUGGAUUGCCCAGCAAUGUGUCUAUUCUCAAAGUAUCGCAGUGUUUGAAGAGCAGAUGUGUCAUUUACAUGGCACAGGUGACUGUGAAUGAUCCGAAGCCUAAGAUUGAAGACAUUCCAAUCAUCUCUGAGUAUCCUGAUAUCUUUCCUGACGAGUUACCUGGAUUACCUCCAGAGAGGCAAGUAGAGUUCAGGAUAGACAUUCUGCCAGGAUCUGCGCUAUUGCACGAGCCCCUUAUCAUCUAG